AUGGCCCCCGGAACCCUCUGGAGCUGCUACCUCUGCUGCCUGCUCACCACCGCUGUGGGGGCAGCCAGCUAUCCUCCUCGCGGCUACAGCCUCUACACUGGGAGUGGCGGGGCCCUCAGCUCUGGGGGCACCCAGGCCCAGAGUGCCCCCCGACCUGCCAGCCGCCACAGGAACUGGUGUGCCUAUGUGGUGACCCGGACUGUGAGCUGUGUCCUUGAGGAUGGAGUGGAGACCUUCAUCAAGCCCGACUACCAGCCCUGUGGCUGGGGCCAGCCCCAGUGUUCCCGCAGCAUCAUGUACCGCAGCUUCCUCCGUCCUCGCUACCGUGUGGCCUACAAAACGGUGACAGAUAUGGAAUGGAGGUGCUGCCAGGGGUACGGGGGUGAUGACUGUGCAGAGGGCCCUGCUCCGGCGCUGGGCCCCGCACCCACCACACCGCGGCCCCCGCCCCAGCCCGCCCGCCCCAACCUCUCCGGCUCCAGUGCAGGCAGCCACCUGAGUGGACUGGGAGGGGAAGGUCCUGGGGAGUCCGAGAAGGUCCAGCAGCUGGAAGAGCAGGUGCAGAGCCUGACAAAGGAGCUGCAGGGCCUUCGGGGUGUCCUGCAGGGACUGAGCGGGCGCCUGACCGAAGACGUCCAGAGGGCUGUGGAGACGGCCUUUAAUGGGAGGCAGCAGCCGGCAGAUGCAGCGGCCCGCCCGGGUGUGCAUGAAACCCUCAAUGAGAUCCAGCAGCAGCUGCAACUCCUGGACAACCGUGUCUCCACCCACGACCAGGAGCUGGGCCAUCUGAAUAACCAUCACAGCGGCGGCGGCAGCGGCAGGGCUCCGGACCCGACCCCGGCCCCUCCCGGCCACAGCGAGGAGCUGCUGCGGGAGCUGGAACAGCGGCUGCAGGAGUCGUGCUCCGUGUGCCUGGCGGGGCUGGAUGGCUUUCGACGGCAGCAGCAGCAAGACAGGGAGCGGCUGCGCGCGCUGGAGAAGCUACUGGCCUCCAUGGAAGAGCGGCAGCGGCACCUCACGGGGCAGGCCCUGGGCCGCUGGGCCCCUCAGGAAUGCUGCCCUCCAGAGCUGGGCCGGCGACUGGCCGAGCUGGAGCGGAGGCUGGAUGUUGUGGCUGGCUCGGUGACAGUGCUGAGCGGGCGGCGAGGCACCCACCUGGGAGGAGCAUCUGGGCAGGGCGGCCACCCGCCAGGCUACACCAGCUUAGCAUCCCGCCUCUCCCGCCUGGAGGACCGAUUCAACUCUACCUUGGGCCCCUCGGAGGAACAGGAGGAGGGCUGGCCGGGGCGUCCUGGGGGGCUGGGCCACUGGCUGCCUGCUGCCCGGGGCAAACUAGAGAAGCUGGAGGGGCGGCUGGCCAAUGUGAGCGGGGAGCUGGGUGGGCGGCUGAAUCAGCUGGAAGAGCAGGUGGCAGGGGCAGUGCAGGCAUGUGGGCAGCUCUGCUCUGGGGCCCCCGGGGAGCAGGACUCCCAGGUCAGGGAGAUCCUCAGUGCCUUGGAGCGCAGGGUGCUGGACAGUGAGGGACAGCUGAGGCUGGUGGGCUCAGACCUGCACAAGCUGGGAGCAGCUGGGGAGGCCCAGCAGGCUGCGCUGGAGCAACUGCAAGGGGCGGUGGGCCUGCUCCACGGUCGUGUCGAUGCGCUGGGCGAGACGGCUGCAGAGUUCACACUGCAGCUGAAUCUCACAGCGGCACGGCUAGGCCAACUGGAGGGGCUGCUGCAGGCCCGGGGGGAGGAGGGUUGUGGCGCCUGCGGAGGUGUCCAAGAAGAACUCGGCCGCCUGCGGGAUGGCGUGGAGCGCUGCUCCUGCCCGCUGUUACCUCCCCGGGGCCCUGGGGCCGGCCCUGGGGUCGGGGGACCCAGCCGUGGGCCGCUGGAUGGCUUCAGUGUGUUCGGGGGCAGCUCAGGCUCAGCCCUCCAGGCCCUGCAAGGAGAGCUCUCUGAGGUCAUUCUCACCUUCAGCUCCCUCAAUGACUCACUGCAUGAGCUGCAGACCACCGUGGAGGGCCAGGGUGCUGAUCUGGCUGACCUGGGAGCCACAAAGGACCGCAUCAUCUCUGAGAUCAAUAGGCUGCAACAGGAGGCCACAGAGCAUGCCACAGAGAGUGAGGAGCGCUUCCGAGGCCUGGAGGAGGGACAGGCACAGGCCGGCCAGUGCCCCAGCCUGGAGGGGCGACUGGGCCGCCUGGAGGGAGUCUGUGAGCGGCUGGACACAGUGGCAGGGGGACUGCAGGGCCUGCGUGAAGGCCUUUCCAGACACGUGGCUGGGCUCUGGGCUGGGCUACGGGAAACCAACAGCACCAGCCAGACACAGGCAGCCUUGCUGGAGAAGCUGCUGGAGGGGCAGGCCGGCCUGGGCAAGCGGCUGGGUACCCUUAAUAGCUCCCUGCUGCUGCUGGAGGACCAGCUUCACCAGCUCAGCCUGAAGGACCUCACCGGGCCUGCAGGUGAGGCUGGGCCACCAGGGCCUCCUGGGAUGCAGGGACCCCCUGGCCCUGCUGGGCCUCCAGGACCUCCAGGCAAGGAUGGACAAAAGGGGCCCAUGGGGCCACCAGGUCCCCAAGGUGAACAGGGACCCGAGGGGGCACCAGCAGCCUCCGUGCCGCGGGUAGCCUUUUCAGCUGCCCUGAGCCUGCCCCGGUCUGAACCAGGCACUGUGCCCUUCGACAGAGUCCUGCUCAACGAUGGGGGCUACUACGAUCCAGAGACUGGCGUGUUCACGGCGCCACUGGCCGGGCGCUACUUGCUGAGCGCAGUGCUGACGGGGCACCGGCACGAGAAGGUGGAGGCCGUGCUGUCCCGCUCCAACCUGGGCGUGGCCCGCAUAGACUCCGGUGGCUACGAGCCCGAGGGCCUGGAGAAUAAGCCGGUGGCCGAGAGCCAGCCUAGCCCGGGCGCCCUAGGCGUGUUCAGCCUCAUCCUGCCGCUGCAGGUCGGGGACACGGUCUGCAUCGACCUGGUGAUGGGGCAGCUGGCGCACUCGGAGGAACCGCUCACCAUUUUCAGCGGAGCCCUGCUCUACGAAGACCUGGAGCUCGAACAGGCGUAG